GGAUUUUGAAGGAGGUUUACACUCGGCACAAACGAAAGCAUUUCUGAUUCAAACUAAAUCAAACAGAGACUUGAUUUACCCGUUGCGUGUCAGGAAAACACUACAGAUCCACACAUCUGCUUUUAUGCGGCUGGUUUUAUAACUCUGCGGGUCAUUUAGCCAACUCAUUCCGUUUCACUGUAAAACUCCAGUUCGGGUUUUGGAAUACCUGAACGCAACCAGUUCUGGGCUCUGUAAAAGGACAUUUUCAAGUUACAGCCGGUCAAAGCAAGCCUUGUGGAAAGGGGGUGUGUUGAAAUUUGGCAUUGGUACGUGCGUUCAUUGAAAGUUUUCUCGCUAUUCUUACGCGUCUGUGUCUCGCUACACCGCACGCUUCUCCGGCAAGACAGCGCAGUUUCAUGACAUCCAGCUCUCCGUUUGUCCUUUGAAAAGUGCUGCUGAGUCUCCAUCAGCAGUUCUUUAAAGCAGUUCAGAAGAUACAAGGUGCUCGUAAAAGAAAUGAUACCGAAGACCAGACUUGGUAAACGGUCCCCAUUGGGCACCCUGGUUUGCAGUUCCUCUGCCGAGGGCACGACUGAAAUGGGGCACCAUGGAUCCUCAGACAGUGGGUUUUACCGAAUCAAACUUUACCCAGGACAAAAGGUGUAUGUGCACUGUGGCGGUCAGGAAUGUGGAGGUGUGGUUGAGCAGCAUAACCACGUGGACAAUGAGGUGUCCAUCUUCCUGCCUCAGCUCAACCAGCAUGUUCACCGCAAGCUGGAAGAUGUUUGGACAAGCCCCACGUCCGAUCCCACCACCUCAGUAUCUUCAUACAUUGAUGUGCCAAAAAGGAAGCCCGAGACGGUCGACAUGGAUGAGAUGAUGGCCGCUCUGGUUCUUACCAGUCUGUCCUGCAGUCCAGUCAUCCAAAACUCAGUUCAGGGGAGCGGGACGCCAGCUUUGUGUGGAAUGGAAAGCGGUGGCGGCGAACUGUCCGACGGUGGAUACUGGAGCUGCGACCAUGGAAACGGAAGCCCCGCACCAUCCCCACCCAUCGCAGAGUCGGACAAGUCCGGCCAUCUCGAUGAAGGCCUGGACAUGGAGAUGGACCAAAUGUUAUUCAAUGAGCCGACGCCAAGAAAACGCAAAAACUCUGUAAAAGUAGCCUAUCGCUGCUUGUGGCCAAAUUGUGGGAAAGUUUUGACCACAGUGGUGGGCAUCAAACGUCACAUCCGGAAUUCUCACCUUGGGCAAAGUGAAGAACACUCCCACAGGGAAGAAGACUUCUACUACAGCGAAGUCUACCAGACUAUGGAGCAAACGUCUCCCCCUGUUGGCCACCAGCCUUCCUGCACUUCUCCAUCCAGCCCCAGCCAGCACAUACCCCUUUCCCCUUCCACCCCGUAUCCGCCCCAGCCCAGCACGCUCAGCCAAUCAGCUCCGGGCAGUGUCUGGCAGGUCCACUCUGAGCACUCUUACCAGGCCCCUCCGCCUGUUCAGGUGGUGACUCAAUGUAAACCGGUGACUGUACCCGUGUCGUGUCAUUGGACUCCAUCUCUCACGGUUCCUCAGAGCAAACAGGGCUCACCAUUCCGCCGUCGUUCAGUUAGUGUAGGUGAACAAUGGCUUCAGAAUAACAGCGCCACCUUCAGGCCACAUCCCGCCAGUGUCUCCCCUCCAAGAAACCACUGCACUGCCAGGAGGAUUCGUGGAGAGGCCAAGAAGUGCAGAAAGGUGUAUGGCAUCGAACACCGAGACCAGUGGUGCACCGCCUGCCGCUGGAAAAAGGCCUGCCAGAGAUUCCUUGACUAAAUACCUCCUGAGAAAGAAAGAAACUGAACACUAACCUUAAAAGAUGGGAUCUUACCUGGAACAAUGGUUGAAAGAAACCAGAAGAGCACCUUUGUGACUUUUUUUUACUUUUUACCACCGAGCUUUUCGUUUUACAAAAUCGUGCUAAGGAACCAUCUUGGUGCUGAAAGAUUUCUAAAGCGAAAAGCACAGACUCCGCCCCUGCAGUCUUCCUGCGACUUAUACCAUAUCAGCAACUAAUCCAGCGUGACUUUUUUUUAAACAAGACGCAGCCGUACACUGCACAACAGCUGCAGCCAUAUUUUGUUUAAUCUGUUUUAAACCAACCAGCCCCCUGGCCUGAAAUCUCCUCACGUUGUCAUCGAUUGGACAGUUCUCUUAUCAUUCCAUGGCGAUAUGAGACAGGGUGGAGGCGUACGUUACAUUGUUUUGGGGGCAAAAAUGGCAGCUUUUGGUAAAUUGUAGUUAAACAAGGAAGCAGAAUAGCAAGCCUAUAAUGUUUAUGAUCAUGCAUGUCAUGUUUACCUGCUUCUUAAGCAGACAUUUCCUCUGUUUCCGUUAUAAAGCUUUGUAAAACAAACUUUUAAGGAGGAAAUGGAUUUUGUAUUACAGUUUUGAUAUCUGUGAUGUGUGUCACGUCAUUAUCAGUGUAUUUUUAUGACACAGGUUAUACUUCUGUGGAAUAAGGUGAUUUACUUUCCUGUCAUGUCACAGCUAAGGAAAACCUGUAUAUGAAACAUGCAUGAAAUGAUACACUUUAUAUGUAUUCCUUUUGCUUCUCGUUCUCGUACCAGUCAACCCACUGGCUGUCUGUUUAUCUGGAUUGUUUUCUUGCCAAAGAGAUUCUCUGCAAGAUAAUUCAUAAUAACAAUGUGAAAUCACUCAUAAAUCUUUUCAAAAAGAAAAGCGUAACCAAACUAUUUGAUUGGUUCUAGUUUUUAACAUUUGGGUCCAAAAACAAUCUUUUUUUGUUUUGUAUAAAGCUUAUAUGCAUCAGCAUUUUUGUUUUUAUAUGUAGCUUCACAUCAUGUGUACUUUUGUAAACGCUCGAUUUGACUUUGUAAAACUGAAUGUACGUUAACCUGAGUUUUUAUUCAUUUCUGGCAGUCAGAAUAACUCGAAAUAGUCACAAUAUUAGGCAAUAAUAGUUUGUCUGUUAAGAUUGAGAGACGAUCGAUGGAGCUCACAAAAACAAUCUUUCCUGCAUUUUUAUUUUCAAGUACUUCCUUUUAGGGAAAGUCCUGAACUGUCUGAGAUUUGUUUAAGAUUACGAGAAAAUGUCUUGUUGAUGAACGAAUGUUGCUUGAAAAUGCCUUUUUUAAAUAAACUUGCAAACAAAUGACCCAAGAGCAAAUAA